AUGUCUCCGGAGUAUGCCAUGGGCGGUAUGUUUUCUGAAAAAUCUGAUGGCUACAGCUUCGGGUUCUUGCAAUUGGAGAUUAUUAGUGGCAAAAAGAAUACCAACUUCUAUUCCAGUGACCAACAUAUAGGCUUCCUAGCUUAUGCAUGGCACUUAUGGAAUGAAGGAAGGGGUUUGGAGUUGGUUGAUGAAGUAUUGGCAGAUUCAUAUUCACCUUCAAAAUCUCAUGGAUUUCUAUUUUUGAAACCCAAAGACAUUGCAUAUGCAUGGGUCAAGUUUCAGAUUGGCAAGCACAUGGAAUUGUAUACAAUUAUAUUGGAUUUUUGCCUCAGUUUAGAUCGAAGAGGACUUGAGAGACUUCUCGGUGUGGAAGCGAUGAUGCCUUCACUACAAGAUCCUGAGCGCUUCAACUUAUGGGGUGCAAAAGUCAAUCGGGAUGGUCUUGUCACGUUGAUGCGUGGAUGCAAAGAUUUGGUGAUGUUGGAUGCCAGAGAUUGUUCUUGUUUCGAUGAGAACGACGAUGAAAUAUCAAAGAUUGCGUCUCAUAUUAGUCAAUUUAUGUGCGAGGGUUAUGAAUUUCCUGAAUGUCUUUGUGGUAUGGACAAUUUUGUUCUUCAUGUUGAUGGAUACUCAUUUCAUCUGCAUGUGGAGGAGACAUGGGAUGAAAUGCUCAAUGAUUUGCGCAAUGCGUUCAAUGAUUUGGGCGACGAGGAAUGA